CUAAUGAAAUAUUAAAAAGGUUUAUCUUAAAACAGAAGAAAAGGUAUGUGUCAAAAAUUUAACGGUUAAAGAAGUUAUUAGUAGGUGUGACAAGAACAUUAAUAAAGUUUCUUUAUAUAGGUUUUUUUUAAUUCUUGAGAAGUAAAAAAUGGACGCACGAAUAGAGCUGCGUAAAAAAGACUUUAAAAAAACCUUUGAUAACCCACGUCGUCGACGCGAAGAACAGCAAGUCCAAAUUCGUAAACAAAAUCGCGAAGCACGGUUAUCAAAAAAAAGACAAGCUGCAUUAGAAGAUCUUCCUGAAACCAAUGUAACAGAAAUGGAUGGUGGUGUAACGCUGUCAGUUGAAGACAUUCCACGUAUGGCGUUACAAGUGAUGAGUGAUGAUGGAGCUCAACAGCUUGAAGGGGCACAAAACUUUCGAAAAUUAUUAUCCAUUGCUAAAAAUCCUCCUAUUAAAGAAGUUAUUCAAUCUGGUGUCACACCGCGUUUGGUCGAAUUAUUACAAGAUGAUUCACGACCUGAUGUUCAAUUUCAAGCAGCGUGGGCAUUAACGAACAUUGCUUCUGGUACACAAGAACAAACACAAGUGGUUGUGAAACAUGGAGCAGUUCCUAUUUUCGUUCGUCUUUUAUCUUCAAAUAAAUGGGAUGUACGAGAACAAGCUAUUUGGGCUCUAGGAAAUAUUGCAGGGGAUUGUCAUACCUGUCGAGAUUUGGUUUUCCAAGAAGGAGCUUUAGAGCCACUUUUGCAUCAAUUAAAAAUCUGUUUAAAUUAUAAACAGCAUGGAGCAGCUUCAAAUGAAGUGUAUGAUCAAAUCAAACCAACUAUGUUAACCAAUGCUACAUGGACUUUAUCAAAUUUAUGUCGAGGAAAACCUCGUUGUCAACUUCAAUGGAUUGCCCCUGCUUUACCAAUACUUAAAGAAUUAAUUUAUUUAAAUGAUACAGAAGUUUUAGCUGAUGCUUGCUGGGCUUUAUCUUAUUUAUCGGAAGGUAAUGAUGAACAAUCUUCGAAUGCUAUUGGAAUGAUUCUUGGAGCGGGUGUGGCUUCCCGUUUAGUACAAUUACUUCAACAUUCUUCGCAAAAUGUUCAAACACCUGCACUGCGAGCUGUCGGUAAUAUUGUAUCAGGCAAUGAUCAACAAACUGAAACAAUGAUUGUUUCGGGUUGUAUUUCUGCUUUGAAAGCAUUAUUAACUAGAGCUAAAAAAACAUUAGUUCGAAAAGAAACAUGUUGGACUAUUUCGAAUAUUACUGCAGGAAAUCGUAGUCAAAUACAAGCUGUUAUUGAUGAGGGUCUUAUACCUCUACUUGUUGAGAUGCACCCUCAUGCAGAUUCUGAAGUGAAAAAAGAAAUAGGAUGGGCGUUAGCCAAUGCUGCAUCGGGUGCAAGUGCUAUUCAAGUUCAAUAUCUUGUUGAAGUGAAAGUUAUUCCUCCUCUAUGUAAAUCACUAAAUGUUGGAGAUGAUUCCAGUCUUGUGGGAGCGGCUUUGGAAGCGCUUUUAAAUAUUCUUUCUGUUGGAAAACAAUUACAGCAAGAAAUUAACUCGAGUGAAAAUCCCUACGCUGUUCUAGUCGAAGAAGCCAAUGCUUAUCCUUUAUUAGAGCAAUUACAAUAUGCCCCUGUGAAUUCAAAAGAAUAUAUAUUGGCAAUGAAAAUCAUGACAACGUAUUUAUCUUUUGAAGAAGAUGAUGAUGAACAAAAUCAUACAAACGCAGAAUCUUAUGAGCAAUUUGGGCAAGGAACCACAGAUGCAACCAUAAGAAAUAAUCAAAGUACUCCUACAGGUGCAUUCAAUUUUACUGAUUAAAUAACAACAAAACGAAUUCUCUUUUAUAAAAUCUAGAUAGUAUCAGAAAUUAGAAAGUAAAGUACUGGCUUUAUUUUCUCACACAUAAACUAUUCUGUAUAGUAUUAUUGAAACAAAAUGUGAAAACUAAAAAACAUCUUACGUAAAGAGCAAUUUCUUUUAGAAAAAAAAUAAAUAAAAACAUGAUGACUUUAUUCUUGACUCACAACAACAGAAAUCUUGGGCCAGACUAAGUCUGACCCAUCGAUACUUUUGGUGCUGCUUUGUUAAAAUCAAAAAGAAAAAUGACCGAUGCUACAAGUUUACCUCAAAAUGAACAACAUGAGUUAUUGUGCACAUAUGCAUCACUUAUUCUUUUUGAUGAAAAAAUAACAGUGUCCGCCGAGAAUAUCACAAAACUCAUUCAAGCAAGUGGUGCAACAGUGGAACCGUAUUUACCUAUGCUUUUUUCUCGAGCUUUAGGUCAAUGUAACAUUAAGGAUUUACUCAUGUCUGCAGGAUCCACUAGUGCCUCAAACAAUUCUUCAGUUCCAUCCUCUGAUGCUGUAUCAAAUGACAAGGUGACAGAAGAAGUGAAAGAAGAAGAAAAAGAAGAAGAGGAAGAAGAUAUGGGAUUUUCACUUUUUGAUUAAAUUGCCAGUUUAAAAAAAAAAACUGCUUUUUUUUUAAACAUUUGUCUUUAGAAAAUAAAAUAUUUAAAUGUCAAUUUUGUAUAACAUUAAAGCUUUUUUAGUGUCUAUUUCUUUUUUCUAUUGAAAUAUUAAAUUGUAAAUUUCCUACAAUCUCUUGUC